AAUCUGGUGUUGCCAAUCCUAUACUAGUCGUGGGCAUUUAUGUCCAUUAAAAUAAUAAUAAUCAUUUAAUAAUAACCCACUUCCCUUCCAUGCGCCACUGCAACCCUAGCACCCUCUCCUCAUCUCUCUCUCUCUCUCUCUCUCUCUCUCUCUAUAUAUAUAUAUAUGUGCACAACGGUCCAAACUCCAGACCAUUGUUCUUUUAUUUGCUUUGGAAAAAAAAAAUUAAAAAAUCUAAGAUAUGAAGAAUGGGCAGUAUCUCACAGAGAAAUCGUGGCUCCUGUGCGUGGCAAUCGCCGGUUUACUAAUCGGCGGGCUUAUCCUAUCCAGCUUCAUGCGCUCUGGCGACACGACCUUUCUCUGCUCCUUGGCCAGCUCCAAAGCUCGUGCGACGGCGGAGUACGCAGCCACGCCAAUCCAGCUCCAAGCCAUUGUCCAUUACGCCACCUCACGGAUUGUCCCACAGCAGUCUCUGGCUGAAAUCUCCGUCACCUUCGACGUACUCAAGGCUCUCGCUCCCUGCAACUUCCUCGUCUUCGGUCUCGGCCAUGAUUCUCUCAUGUGGACAUCGCUCAAUCCACGUGGCACUACCAUAUUCCUCGAAGAAGAUCCCAAGUGGGUCCAGACCGUCCUCAAAGACGCCCCUACACUCCAGGCUCACACCGUGCAGUACCGGACGCAACUCCAGGAGGCACACCAGCUUCUCUCCACCUACCGGAGCGAACCGUACUGUUCACCAACUAAAGCAUAUUUACGCGGCAACUAUAAUUGCAAGCUAGCAUUGACUGGAUUACCGGACGCGGUGUACGACAAAGAGUGGGAUUUGAUCAUGAUCGACGCUCCACGGGGAUACUUCGCGGAAGCGCCGGGGAGGAUGGCCGCAAUAUUUUCUGCGGCAGUGAUGGCGAGAGCAAGGAAAGGAUCCGGUGUAACGCAUGUGUUUCUGCACGACAUAGACAGGAAGGUGGAGAAGGUUUACGCCGAGGAGUUUUUGUGCAGAAAACAUCUGGUAAAGGCCGUUGCUAGGCUAUGGCAUUUCGAAAUACCACCUGCAGCAAACGUAACACAGGGAGGAGGGGCCACCGGCGGCGAGUGGUUUUGCUAGAAAGAGCCCCGAGCGACGAAUGUGCCACUAAUAUAGGAAGUUUUUGAAGUUUGAAAAUUUAGAGAUUUGAAAAGAAGAGACGAAUGAGGAGCGUCAAAUUUUUGCGAGGCAAAAAGAUUUUAUCGCCGUAGUAUGUGACUUUAGCUUAUGUUUUGGUGUGAAGUGCGGCAGUAGCCUGUGGGUUGCUGUCCUUUCCAGGCAACAGUAUCUACAAUAGGAGAGGCACCUGGCUUGGCUGGGUCCUUGUCUUUAUUUUGCACAUGUGUUUCCCGUUGUAUGUGGACACGUGUCCGUCGCCUGCUCCUGCGUUUAAACUGAUGCAAAAACUGGUUGGUUUACUUUAGACACGGAACGAAAAAGGUGGGUUUACUGCUUUGUCCUCUACAUUUUAUAACUCGUAUUAAUUAAUUCAUAAUUUUUAAUUAUUAUUUUUUCC